GGUUGCUGUGCCCAAAAUUGCAUUGUUAACAGUGUAUAAUAUGAAAUGAUACGUUAUAUCUAAACUGUCAGUCAAACUGUUUUGGGAAAUCAUGGAUGAAAUUUGGUUCCAUUUAUCAAAUCGAUUUGAAACUCUUCAGAUUCAAACUUCAUUUGUUGCACAACAAGGACAGCAAUUGGUCAUAGCAUGGCUGACACAGGCACGUCAAUUGUUAUACAAAUUACACAAUGAUCAGUACAUGCAGAACACAAAGGACAUUAUACAAAAUAUACUUGCUUGGAUUGAAAGAGCUUGCAAACAGUUGCAAUUUCAGUAUUAUAAUGCACACUUUAAUAUCACAGGAUUUUACAGACAAAUAGAAACUUUAUAUAACAAGGAAGUGUCAAGAAGAGAACUUGUAUUUUGUCUAGCAGGUUUAGUUAUGGGUACUUUAAUUGGUUAUUAUGCUGGGAUUAAUUGGGGACAUAUAUCUCAUCAUAUGCAUCAUAUGAAAGCUGUCAUAUGUCAGCAGUAUAUUGGUAUUGAGGUAUUGCAUUAAAUUGAAAGAUACAAAGUAUUAAAUAUAAUGCCUAUAAUUCAAAAAUCUAAUGAAUUAUUGAUACAAGUUAAAGCAGCUUCUCUUAAUGUUGUUGAUACAAAAAUUUGUUAUGGUUACUCCAAAAAUUACAGAAGACUUCUUAAUUCUGGAAGGCACAAGAAACUCCCAGUAACAUUAGGCAGAGAUUGUACUGGAGUAGUGGUAGGUAUAGGACAAAGUGUUAUUAAUUUUGAUAUUGGAGAUGAAGUAUUUUUAGCUGUACCUUCUUGGGCUCCUGGUACAAUGGCAGAAUACAUUGUUGUCCCAGAAACUCAAGUAGUUAAACGACCAAAACUUUUUACUUUCGAAGCAUCUGCAAGCCUUCCCUAUAGUGGAUGCUUAGCCUGGGAUGCCCUAGUUAAUAGGUCUGCAAUUCAAGAAGGCAAUGCGAAAGGAAAACGAGUACUAAUAUAUGGUGGAAAUACUCCUGUUGGUUGUAUUUUAACUCAACUAGUUAAGCUGUGGGGUGGACAUGUAGUUACAAUGUGUGAACUAAAUGCAAUUCCCGUAUCAAAAGCUUUAGGAGCAGAUGAUGUUAUACCAUUAAAUGAUUCAGACAUUGUAAAAGAGUUACAAUUACAUGACAAAUUUGAUGCUAUAUUUUAUACAGGAGGUCAAUCAAUUGAUGAACGUAUAUUAAAACAACAUGUAGUGCCUUAUGGUUCUUAUAUCUCUACAGUUCCUGAACAGUUAACAUCUGACUCAUUAGGUUUUAUAUUUGGAAUCAUAUUUGCAGGAUGUGUACGAAUAAAGUUAUUAAUUCAGUAUAUGUUUGGAUUUAACAUGCAUCAAUGGAAAGAAGGAUCAAAAAUUAAUGCAACAUAUUUACAAGCAUUAUGUGAUUUAGCCGAUGCUGAUCAAUUACAAAUGGUUGUAGAUAGGGUGUAUGGACCUCAUAAUAUUGAACAAGCAUUGCAUCACGUAAUAGAUCCAAAUGCUAUAGGUAGUACUAUAAUUACAUUUCAGUGA